CAGCUGCCAGUGCCGAUGGGCCCAGAGUGGGACCCUCUCCCUCUUUGGGGGCAGGUGGGUGAUCUCCGAUUAUCUCUAGUCUUUCUCUAUCUUACUAGAGUGCGGCUGCCCAUUUCCCCAAAAAACUACAAGCACACUGUGAAACAAACAGAGCAAAUCCAACUCCGUUUCUUGAUUUCUUCGUCCUUUACUUCGACGACCAUGUCAUCGAUCGGAAGAGGAAGAGGACCACCAUCUUUCCCCUGCCCGGAUCACCUCGUCUCCAUGCUAAAAAUGGCAACUUUAAAGCUCCGCCGUCUCUGCUACAACCUCCGGUGGCCACUCCGCCGCCGCCGACCCCAUCAGUCCCGCCAUGACAUCUCCGAGCCGACGCUAGGUCCAAUUCGGCUGGCCACGUUCAACGCCGCCAUGUUCUCGAUGGCGCCGGUCGUGUCGGCGUCGUUGCAGGAGGAGCUCGACCUCCGCUGCAAGUCCGCCAACGACCGGCCGCGAGGCAUACUAAAGCAGCCGAGCAUGGCGAAAGCCAAGCUGAGGGUGUCCAUCAAUCUCCCCGACAACGAGAUCUCCGUGGAGAGAAGCAAGAAGCUGAGCUCCCGGCAACUGAAUCCCGCCGUGGGCGAGGGCGCAAGCCACGCGUGGAAAGGGAAGGCCCCUGCUUCCGAUGGCCCCGCUGGCGGUUCGAGUUCCUUCCGUGGCGGUGGGAGCAACAGGAGUAUACUGGAUGUGCUGAGGGAGGUGGGGGCCGACAUAAUUGGGCUGCAGAACGUGAAGGCGGAAGAGGAGAAGGGGAUGCGGCCGCUGUCGGAACUGGCCGAGGGACUGGGGAUGAAGUAUGUGUUCGCCGAGAGCUGGGCACCGGAAUACGGCGACGCCAUACUCUCCAAGUGGCCGAUCAAGCGGUGGAAGGUGCAGAAAAUGUUGGAUGAUAGAGAUUUCAGGAAUGUGCUGAAAGCCACAAUCGAGGUCCCGAAAGCAGGAGAUAUAAAUUUCCUAUGCACCCAUCUCGAUCACCUCGAUGAGAAUUGGAGGAUGAAACAAAUAAAUACGAUACUAAGAUCAACUGAAGGGCCUCACAUUUUGGCUGGUUGCCUCAAUUCUCUUGAUGAAACAGACUACUCUUCGGAAAGAUGGGCUGAUAUUGUAAAGUAUUAUGAAGAGAUGGGGAAGCCAACACCAAAAGUUGAGGUGAUGAAGUAUUUGACAGGGAAACAUUACUUGGAUGCCAAGAACUUUGCAGGGGAAUGUGAAGCAGUUGUCGUAGUGGUCAAGGGCCAAGAUGUGCAAGGGACAUGUAAAUAUGGGACAAGAGUUGAUUACAUCCUUGCAUCACCAAACUCACCCUACAAAUUUGUCCCUGGCUCUUAUGGCGUCCUUUCGUCAAAAGGGACUUCAGACCACCACAUUGUGAAGGUUGACAUUGUAAUAUCCCAGACUGAUCCAAACAAUGAUGGGCACCAAGAGAAGCAACCGAAAGUUGUAAAGAUCGACUCCUCUUCGUCUAAUAAAGGGAUCUGGUAGACUAAUAUGUGAUGCUGUUUUUAUUUUGUCUAUAGAUUUUGACACAGGUUUCCAUUCAUGCUGUUGAGUGAUGAACUGAGAUGCCGGAGUGUGAAAAUUGUAAGGCAGGCAUAACUCAUAGAGAACUAUCGCUAUGCUUCCAAGAAAUGCUGCCAAAAUUGAUGUUUUUGUGAAGAAAGAAUUCACUAUUAAGAAGAUUGGGAUUGCCAUUUGCCAA